AUGGCCCAAAUGACCCUCACCAACCAGCUACUCACCAAUCUGCGCAACCAGCUGCACCCCUCGCUGAGCAAAGCUGGCUCAUCUAUAGCAGGUCGCGCGGGCGGCGGGGACGAGUGGUACCUCGUCCUGGGUUCGGCGUUCGCGUCUGCGCACAAGGGGGCAGAAGCGUUGCCCCUGUUGUACGAUAUGGCGGUACAGGGUGGGGAAGACGGAGUGAGGGUGCAGAGGAGGUUGAAGGAGACGGUGCUCAAGGGCUCCGUUCUGUACGGGAUCCCCUCAACGCUGGAGUCAUCCUUCGCCCUCGUAGCUCACCUGCGCAAGAUUGGCGCUUCGACGGAUGGAGGCUUCUUCUUACGCCGCGAUCAGGAUAUCGCGAAUGUAGAGGAGAGGGGCAACAAGCGGCUCGCAGACGUGUACCAACACAACUUCCCGGACAUUCAGGCCAAGUUUGGCAAUGAUAUGGAGGACAUCAAGAUGAUCACUAUGCCGGUCAAUUACGGUCUCAUCCUCUCAGAGGACACGAUCCUCGACUUUCCCUCCACGGAGCUGGUCAUUCUCUCGGCACUCGUGCCCCAGAAUCUUCGCGCCGAAACUCUUUGGCACCUCCGUGGCUGCCGCCGAGCGGGGUGGAGCGACGAGGUCAUUUCGUCUGUGAGGGAUGUCAGUAUACGGGUGGCCGAGAUGGCCGGUCGACCGACGAACAAGGUGCCUACGCUGGACGAGGUCAGCGAGACGAAGAACGAGUGACGACGAG